UAAACCUAUAAAGAGAGUCAAUCAGAUCAGUUAUUAUAUCUUUCAUACCUGCCAACUUUCACGAUUUAGGCGUGUACUGCACGAUUUUGACCCUCUGUCCCGAUUACACGAUCGUGAUCGUGAAAAUAGCCAAAAAACAUGAUUUUAGUAAAAUUUACACGAAAAAUAUUUUUGUUCCUGAUUUUGAACUUUUCAAAGUUUUCCCAAGGGAGACAAAUUGUGUUUGACAAAUUUCAUCCAAUCAAAAUUAGUUGAUCACGCAUUCACUAGUUGAUUAAUGUCGGCAAGGUAAACAAUCAAAGAAUCGAAGAUAGUUAGGUAUUUUGAGUUGGUUUUUUUAGCUUGGGUGUUAAAUUUAUAAAAAUUGGAAACAUGAUGGGCGAGUUAUCACUUGCAAAAUGGUUCUGUCACCGCCUAAGAAGAAAAAGCGUGUUGCUUCGUGCAAGUACUUAGAGAAGUGGGAGAAUGAUGUCAAGUACAGGGGCUGGUUGUCCAAAUCAACGUUGGGGUUGUCACAUGCCUUUUGUAAAGUUUGCAACAGAGACUUCAAAGUUGACCACGGUGGCCUUAACGAUGUCUCCAAACAUGCUGGUACUGCAAUUCACCAGAAGUCAUUCAAUGCACAGAACAUCACCAGGCCUGUCACAAACUUUUUCGUUGGACCACAAGAUGAAGGUACUAUCAAAGCUGAGGUGAUAUGGUCCAACUUCAUAGCACAGCACAACAUCUCCUUUCUACUAGCAGACUGCUUCACAAAGGUGUGUAAAGCCAUGUUUACAGAUAGCAAGAUAGCCUUAAAGUUUGCAUGCAGCCGAACAAAGACUACUCAGAUCAUCAAGAAGUCGCUUGCACCUACUCUUCAUCAAGAGGUUGUCAGAGACCUGCAGACCAAACCAUUUUCCAUGGCCAUUGAUGAGAGCAACGACCGUAACUGUGACAAGUCUCUUGCCAUUCUAGUUCGCUACUUCACUGACCAAGCAACAACCAAGUUCCUUGCCAUGCCAAUAUGUAACAUAGGAAAAGCAUCUAAACAUCUUUGACCAUCUUCAGGAAGUAUUUGUCGACAACAAUAUACCCUGGGAGAACUUGGUUUCAUUUGUGUCUGACAACUGUAGUGUCAUGACUGGUAGACACAACUCAGUAGUAACCCGCAUCAAAGAAAAGUGUCCAGCUGUGUUUGACUUUGGAUGUGUGUGUCAUCUUGCCAACCUUUGUACUGUUGCUGGUGUGAAGGCCCUUGCUCUGCCAGUAGAAGACCUCCUAGUGGAAGUUUACUUCCACAUCUUUCACAGUUCCAACAGAAAAGAAAAGUAUAAAGAGUUUUUUGGAAUUUACAGACACAGAACCUAGCAAGAUCAUCAAGCACAGCAGC